AUGAGCUUGUCCUUCCUCCUCCUCUUCCUCAGCCACCUGAUCCUCUGCGCCUGUGCUCAAGGGGAGAAGCUCCUCGCCCCUAAAGGGCAACCCGGACCCGCUGCCACUGAUAGAAACCUGGAUGGUUCCAGCAGUAGCCAGAGCAGCAAUAGCACGACGUCUUCCUCAUCCUCCUCCCCUACGACUUCUCUGGGCAGCCAAGGAAGUGGCUUGGAUCAGAGCAGUUUCCAGUGGACCCCCUCGGGGCGCCGGACUGGCAGCCUCUACUGCAGAGUGGGCAUCGGUUUCCAUCUGCAGAUUUACCCGGAUGGCAAAGUCAAUGGCUCCCACGAAGCCAAUAUGUUAAGUAUUUUGGAAAUAUUUGCUGUGUCUCAGGGGAUUGUAGGAAUACGAGGAGUUUUCAGCAACAAAUUUUUAGCGAUGUCAAAAAAAGGAAAACUCCAUGCAAGUGCCAAAUUUACAGAUGACUGCAAGUUCAGGGAGCGAUUUCAAGAGAACAGCUAUAAUACUUAUGCCUCAGCAAUACACAGAACUGAAAAAACAGGACGUGAGUGGUACGUGGCCCUGAACAAGAGAGGAAAAGCUAAACGGGGCUGCAGCCCCCGGGUGAAACCCCAGCACAUCUCUACCCACUUCCUGCCCAGAUUCAAGCAGUUGGAACAACCAGAACUCUCUUUCACGGUUACUGUUCCUGAGAAGAAAAAGCCACCUAAUCCUAUCAAGCCAAAGGUUCCCCUUUCUGCGCCCCGGAAGAGUCCCAACACAGUGAAAUACAGACUCAAAUUUCGUUUUGGAUAA